UAAAUUUUUGUUUUCAGAUACUUGAAAAUGGAGCUUAGUGGACCAAUUUUUGCUCUCAUAAUGGGUAUUAUUAUCGCACUCAUUGUUUUGGGCAUUGUAAUAAAUUAUGUAUAUAUUUUGUUCGUCGAAAAUCCAAGAAGGGAAGGGCAUUCGAAAACCUUCAUGGAAAAAGUUGCUAUCAACUGGAGAGAUUUCAAAAGAUUCAUAUGGGAUAUCAAAAAGGGGGAAAUUUUUGGGCGGACGCCUUUAAGCUGGUUUCUCAUCAUAGUUUACUUAGCUUUCUUGUACACAAUCGUAUUCGGACUUUUCGCUCUGCUGUUGUGGUUAAGACUGCGAUAUCUGCCUGACUUGAAAGAUGGUCCUUACAGAACGGAUUAUCUUACUUUUGAUGGACCAGGUAUAAGCGUUGUACCCUAUGGGCGUAAAAAGGAAUACGUAUUCCAAUACAACAGACGCCAACCAGGCACCUUCAGAUACUUUCUCGACAGAAGAACACAGUUUUUGCUUGAUUAUAUCACAGUCGAUGGCGAGGACCAGACGGCACUUUUCUUGGAGUGUAGAGCUGGCACCAUCAUGGACCAGAGACAAUGUGGUCAGGUGCCAGAGGAUGACCGGGCCUUCUAUUACUUCGAAGCUGCAGACUUGUUAAAUUCGAAUGGAACCAGGGCCUACAACUUGUAUAAUUUAGGAGACUGCUGGGUUGAAGAUGGCUUUGAAAGAGCAGAACCCUGCUUCCUUAUGACUGUGAACAAGGUUUGGGACUGGAAGCCUUCUAAGCUUCGAGUGAACAGUAGGAAGGACGAACGCUGGAUCGGAGAGCUGGACCAGUACGAUAGCCGGUUUUUGCCCAUAAUCUGCCAGGGAGUGAGACAAGAGGACAGAGACGACAUUGCAGCUAUUACCAUCUACCCCAGAAGGGGGUUCGACAUCGCCUACUUCCCGUGGAGGGACCAGAAGAACUACAGACCCCCCAUAGUGGCAGUUCAGGUCAAAGUGGCCCCCUCUGGCAUCAACAAGAACAUCAGGGUGGAAUGUGUCCUACUGGCUGACAACAUCUUCCACCGAAGUCAACAACCGAAUGCAGGACGCACUGAACUCCGAAUUAGAGUGUCAGACUAGAUCGUCUUAAGCUCCGAUAGAAAUGCAAAGCUGGAAACAUGCACUAGAUCCUAAGUUCUGGUAUAAUUGCAAAGCUGUGCACAAUCAACUGGGCACGGACUUGUUGUUGCUGUUGGAACUUCUCAAUCUAUAAAGUAGUUACCUAAUUUUUGAAAAACGAAAAAAUGAGAAUAUCAAAGCGGAUAUAGCUUAGAAAAAUCUAGUUAUAAUUGUUUGAAUGCUUUUUUUCCUCAAAAAAUUGGCAUUAGAAAUUGGUUGCUACUUGUUUGCAUUGCUCCAUAAGCGAAAAUCGUUAGCUUGCAAGCUAUCCUGUGAAACAUUUAUCAUGAAUUAUCUUUCCUAUCAUCUAUCACUUUUUUUUUUACCUGUCUUUAGACCCAAACAACUCGACAAUUUAACACAUAUACAUAUCAGUAACUUGAUGCUGUAUUCUUUUGCUUCUAUCGUAGUGUUAAUAUUCUUAUUUUGAUAAAAUUUUUACUGUAAAUUUGCUUUAGUAUAUUUGUUGCGAAUUAGUGUUAGCUAAUUUCAGUCAUCAGUUUAGUUGAUUUUUAAAUGAGCGAAUCUCAACGAACGGAAUUGUAAUUUCGGACUUGGAACAGUAAUAAGGUUAUUAUAACUCUUUAACAAUCUAAUGAAACAAUGUUGAUCCAAAUCCAAAAAAAAGCAUAAUCACCGCACCCAUAUUUAUUCUUGCUUUUGGUCGUGCAAAAUACAAUAUUUAUUUGGUGAUUUUCAUGUUUUGAUAUCAAUAUCCGUUGAUCAAACCAAUUAAUUUUUUUAACUGUAUAUAGAAGGUCAGUGGUGCAUUGUGAAAUAAGAAAUAAAAGCUUCUGAAACUCAUAAAUCAUCAUGUACCAUUUUGCCUCCUUGAAAAGAUCAAUCUUCUAAAUUUUUAUACGUUCAAGUUUUCUUUAUUUUUUUCUGGGUCAUAAUAUUCUGCUUUUGUACAUUUUGUCAAUAAAUUUCUUUUCGAAA